AAGUCUUGAUAACCACACCAGCCAACUACAACUUCUUUAGUAUUGUCCUGGUUUCCUGGGGCACAGCCUAACCUCUAUUGCUUGAGCAAUUCCUCUGCUUAGAUAUGGCUUGUGAAACCAACACAUGGUUGGUUGUGUUUUUUCUUUUCUUGGCUGCAAACUGCAUGCAACACUGUGCCCUUGGGGUGUCCCAAGUGCCUUGUCUUUUUAUCUUCGGGGACUCCAUGUCUGACAGUGGAAACAACAACCAACUUCCAACCACUACAAAAUCUAAUUACAAACCUUAUGGGGUGGACUUUCCAUUAGGACCAACUGGAAGAUUUACCAAUGGCCGAACAGAAAUUGACAUAAUCAGUCAGUUUCUGGAAUUUGAGAAUUUCAUACCACCCUUUGCAAACACUAGCGGAUCAGACAUACUCAAAGGUGUGAACUAUGCAUCGGGUGGAGCUGGAAUACGCAGCGAAACCGGCUCGCAUACGGGUGGUUCUAUCAGCUUGCGAUCACAGCUAGCAAAUCACAGUGUCAUAGUUUCUGAAAUUGCUACCAGACUCGGAAGUCCUGACUUGGCUCAAGAAUACCUUGAAAAAUGCUUGUAUUAUGUGAACAUAGGUAGCAAUGAUUACAUGGCGAAUUACUUCCUUCCCCAGUUCUACCCAACAAGCAGCAUGUAUACUGUUGAGCAGUAUACAGAAGUUCUGAUCGAAGAGUUAUCUCAGCAUUUUCAGGCUUUACAUGAACUUGGAGCGAGAAAGUAUGCGUCGGCAGGGUUGGGCCUUAUAGGAUGCACUCUUGGUAUCGUGGCUUCUUAUGGGACAAAUGAAUCUUGUGUUGAAGAGCAGAACACUGCUGCAUACCAGUUUAAUAACAAGCUUAAAGCUCUCGUGGAUAAAUUCAAUUACGGAUUCUCUGCCGAUUCCAAGUUCAUCUUUCUGGAUACUCAAGCAUUGGCCAUUUACCUUCGUGAUAAAAAUGGUUUUGAGUUUCCAGAAUCUCCUUGCUGCGAACCAGGGUUAACAGGGGAGUGCAUUCCUGAUGGAAAGCCGUGCUAUAAUCGGAAUGAUUAUGUGUUUUGGGAUGCAUUCCACACCACUGAAAAAUGGAACCUACUCAAUGCAUUAACAAAUUAUAAUUCUACCUCUACUUCAGACUUCACUUAUCCAAUGGAUAUCAAGCACCUUGUUCACUAUGAAAUUAAAAUGGAAUUGGAUCUCACUGAUGACUCCACUUCACAACUUAGUGCCACUGAAUAAGCUCUCGUUAUCAUGUACUACUGAAUAAAAUGGCUGUCAUGAAUGCAGCAUAGUUCUUCUUGUU